AUUUCCUUCGCCGGUAAUAAGUAGUACUCGGCGAGAGCGAAACAGAGGCAGAAAACCUCGACGAAAGCAACGGCCGGCGAGGGAACGGAAAUGGCUCCACGGGGAAGUGUUCAGAAGCGGGGCUUGAGGCGCAUCGACGCUGCAUUAGAUGCUCUUCGUCCCAUGGGUUUCGAAGAUAAGGUGGUUCGGAGGACAGUGGCGAACCUCCUCAAGGCUUAUGGUGGAGAUGCUGGAUGGAUUUUUAUCGAAGAGGGUUACUACAAGCUUGUCAUUGAUACCAUUGUUGACGAACAAGAUAAUGCUGAACCAAAACUUGUGAAAGAAGAUUGUUCUCAUAAGGAUGUCAAGGAAGAAGAUGCUCAAUGUGCAGUCGAAGCUGCCUCCCCACUUUCAUUAGUUCUCCCAUGUUCUUUUAAGGGUGACAUUUCAUCGAAGGAGAACCUACUGUCUCCAGAAAUCCGUUCUGAUUCUAAUGUUGUCCCCUCCCCACAUGAGAACAGCCCGCCAGCACUAGACAGGAUGGAAACACACUCCUCUCUGCAAAUAUCCUUGGCAGAACCCUGCACCUCAAUUGUGCCCUUGGAUUCCAUCUCUACACAGCGCAAACCAUGUUAUGGUUGGAUUAGCAGUGAUGAAGAGGGAGAUGUAUGCUAAAUGUAAGCUGCCAAGCUGCACAAAUUCACGUGGUUUUUUGAAGCAAGAAAGGAAAAUACUAGGUCUCCAAAUAGUUUCAAGGUAGCAAUUGUUAGCCAAAGAAAAAAUAGCAAGAUGGAAUGAAACGUUGAUGUUCAU